CUGUAUACUUCGCUCUCUUUAUCGCUCUAUCUGAAUCGGAAAGAUCGCGCUCGCCUCUGGCCUUUCCGAUCCGAUCCGAUCCGCCAACUGCCGACCCGGCCAUUCGACCAUUCAUCUGCUCAACUGCGCACAACCAUCACGCCACCAUCACAUCCCGCCGCUCUUCUUUCCCUUUCGCUGCUUAUAUACAGUUGGCCAUAUGGUCAGCAUAGCAUUUUCCCUCACAUUCUCCCCUGUUUUAUUUCCAAUAUUUUCUACAUUUUUGGGAAUUUAUUUGGAACAGUGCUUGUGUAGUGGACAUUUUGUCAGUUUGAUGCGUGACAGUAGCAGGUAGUUGAAAGUGUUGAUGGGGGUGUGUCUGUGGUUAUCGGAAAUUAGGUCAACAAUUGGCCCAUUUCACGGUUUGGCCAGCUGCCGUAUAAUGCACAGACGCAGCGCCGUGUACCUGUUCCAUUGGCAAACUUUGCUCCGUCUUAUCUGGCGUUAAAGGGAAUCGGUUACAUCUAACCGUACUAAUGUUUUGUUAGCCAGUGCCACCGAUGGGGCCACACGGCAGCGGAUGUUAAGAGCGAAUUGCGCCGGCGGCCCGGCUUGAGCGUAUCCAUUGCGCUGGCAUUUUCAUCCGAUUGCUUCUCUUCUCCAUCUGAAUUUAAUCUGGCCGGCAGCGCUGGGUUGGGGCCCGGCCCGGCUCGGUGUGGACGCGCAUACGUUUGCCGGUUAUUAAUAUCGCAUAUCGCCUCUCCAUCUGCAUUUUCAUCGGCCGUAGUCUGAUGGAUGCGCCGGUGACCCCAUUGCCACUGCCAUUGCGCCGAGAAAUACAUCCGUGUCCGUCAGGCACAGGCUACUUCCUGCCUCUCUUAAGCUUGACGGGAGUUUAGUCCCGGCCCGAUUCUUCGCGGCUGAUGGGCAGCGAUUACCCGGCCUGUCAUUGGCGCAAUCGAUGACGCAGUGUACCCGGUAAACGAAAGUGACUAGACGCGCUGUACGACAUCACGAGUGAAGUGAGUUGACAGUGAUCGCAAGGCCACUGCGUAUCGAUUGAUCGCGUACUGAUACACUGCAUCAGUGAUACACGACAUACGUCGACUGCGAGUAUGAUGAGCAAGAAGAGCCCGGUGAUCGAGCGCGACGGCGUGAGCAGCGCCAACAUGAGCAGCGUGUCCUUCAGCAACGACGUCGACUACGAGUACGAGCGGCGCAAAUACAGCCAAGGCCGUGCAGCAUCACCGCAGCAUUCCUUCAAGCCACAGCAGCAGCAGCAUCAGCAGUCGCAGCUGCAUCGCCCGGAGAUCGAGCCUGACGGGCCCAGCACCAGCCACAGUAGCCAGCCGAGCCUCGGCACUUUGAAGGUCAACCGCAGCUUCAUCCAGUCCGGAUCGCCGCAGUUGUCGUCGGUCGACGCCCGCGCGAACGACCGCCCCAUCAAAGGCAUCCUCGUCAACCAGGGUUACCGCAGCCAGGAGAGCACCCCGCGCAGCACCCCGCGACUGCGCAUCGAGCCCGACUGGGAGUCGCAGGCGCAGGAACCUCUCCAACGCGCCGGACCGGCCCUGCGCACCAUCCGGCAGUCGCACGAGUCGGCGGAGAAGGCGCGCAGUCGCAGCAGCGGCGGCGGCGUCUCCGUCGUCGCCGACUUCCUCCGCAAGUUCUCCCCGAAGAUCGGCCGCUCCAAGAAGGCGCUGCAGUGGUACACGGUGGACAUCCAGCCCAGCGCCGGGCUCAGCGUCCACAGCGCCGUCCUGAACGGGAAGCACAACAACAGCAGCAGCGUCAACGUUAACACCGCGCCGCACAUCGCCGUCGAGCCGGACGAGUGCUCGACGCUGCGCGAACUGCAGAACGGCCGCAUCAGCACCGAGUUCUCCGCCGAGAUGACCGAGUGUCUGCGCCACACCGGCGCCCCGCCCCCGGAGACGGCGGCCCGCGGGGGGCGCGCGCCGUCCAAGGCCCGCGAGGAGACGGACUUCCGCAGCGGCAAGUACGUCGUGCAUCUGUCGGAGACGACGGAGAAGAGCAGCAGCAAGAGCAAGACGCUACCGGCCACCGGCGUGACCACGUCGUCGCCGUGGCGCGCCAUGGUGGUGGACAUCGACAUCGACAAGCGGCAGGCCAGUCCGCAGCCGGCACCGCAACCGGCGCCGAGCGGCAGUCAGAGCGAGCGCAGCCAGUUCUUUCAGUCGAUGCAGGCCGGUGGAUCUCUUCAAGCACAAACUAGCAGCACCAGUGCGCGACCGGUGUAUACAAGCGCCGAGAAAAAGCCGGCGCAGCAACCGCCGCCGCACCAGUUCCGCCCGCUGGACUUUAACAUACCCGACUAUUUUCAGGGUUCGGCGAGUUACCUGGCGGCGGUGAAGGCGCGCGACACGGACUUAAACCGGCACAUUCCCUCGUACAUCCAGCUGAGCCGCGCGCUGAACGGCUACAGCGCGCGCAACCUGUACACGCCGCGCAAACUGGUCAGCAGCCGCGACUACAACCAGCUGCUGUGCAAGAGCGAGGAGUACCUGCACCGCCGCACCGGCACGCCCACGCCCACCCUGACGACCCCCACGCCGCUGCCGUCCUUCCCGCGCAGUCCCAGCCGCGGAACGACUGGAACACCCGGCCCCGGCCAGGACGUCUACCAGGCGCCGCACUCGGCGCGCCAGCUGCGCAGUCACUCCGCCGCGCCGCCGGAAGUGCGCCGCGCCGCCUCCGAGGACCGCGAUCUCUCGUUGGUGGGACUGGACGCCCCGCCGCCCCCGCCCAAGCCCGCUCGGUUGCGGGAGGUGGUCAGGAAGCCCGGGCACGAGUUCCUGGAGAAGCUGGAGGGAGAGCGCGCGCGGUUGCAGGCGCUGUGCGAUGAAGGCAGCGUGCAACUGCAAACAAACGAUCUCAACGACGAAAUUGCUGAUCAGCUGCGUGCCGCUAUCGGGAAGACGCAGCUGCUCCUGUCGCAGAAAUUCCAACAAUUCCGCAAACUCUGCCAGAAAAACAUCGAGGAAAGCGAGGACGAGCCGUUGAAGACGGGGACGGGGGACCUGCUGGGCUUCUGGGAGAUGAUGGCCAUCCAGACGGCGGACGUAGAGCGCAUGUUCGGCGAGGUGGAGCGGCUGCGGGCGGCGGCCAGCAGCGGAGGCGGCGCGUUGUCCUUCUACCAGACGCCCUCCUCCGACGGCUCCGACGCGGCGCCACCGCCCGCGGGGGCGGGGCCCACGCCCAGCACUAGCAAGAGUCCGCAGCACGGCGUCCUGCUGAGCGCCGGCGCGGGCGGCCAGCGGCGCGGCUCCAAGCCCAAAGUGACGUUCCAGCUCAACGAGCGCGAUGUGCAGCGCCGCGAGCUCAUCGCCGCCAAACGGCGCGCCUUCGAGGCCGAGAAGCGCCAGGGCUCCGGCUCGGGCUCCGGCUCGGGCUCCAGCGAGGACAGCUCGGCGCCCUCGGUGGCCGGCUCGGAGGAGCUCGCACCCGCCCCGGAGGACGACGUGCACAUCUUCCUGCCGGCCAACGCGGCCACGCUGCAGGUGACGUGAUAUAGUUGAAGUUAGUCGGCGUUUGAUCUGAUCUGCGGAGGACGGAACAAAAUUGACACAGAACGUCAGGAGACGGAUUUUAAUUUUGUAAAUUUAAUUUUCUCCCCUUAAACGUUUCGGUGCGUGUUUUUCUUUAAGUUGACCGAUGGCGGAGCAGCGGAUGCUUUGUAUAAACCCUACAGAUGUGUAGUUUCCUUUUCUCUAUGUUGGCGAAUGGCGGAUAAGAAUGCCGUUUUUUGGGCAGUUUCUCUCAUUUUUCGAUCUGCUUUUCACUAUGAAGUAUGAAGAAUGCACUAAUACUUGUGUGUAAUUGAGUAUCUCAUGUUUCUUCGCUUCGGCUAUUCACGGUUAAUUGUUGUGUGGCGGUGCGCGAGAGUUUACGCUGUUAAAGAAUUUACAUACACUCGGCGGCAUUUUCCAGCUGGCGACUUUAUUAUGGAUAAAUAGAGGGAAAA